AUGCACUCCGGUGCUGCCCACAUGCACGUCGUCGCCCCCAGUGCCGUCCGCCAAGACACCGCUGCCCAGCGCAAGCGGCCCAAGUACACCCGCAGCAAGACAGGUUGCUUGACAUGCCGGGGCAAGAAGAUCAAGUGUGACGAGACGAAGCCCACCUGUGUCCGCUGCAGUCACGGCCAACGCGAGUGCACCUGGCCAGAAGGAGUCCCUGCCCGCAAAAAGCCUUCUUCGAGGCGAAGUCCCCCUUCCCCAGUGGACAGCGCUGGCACUCGCCCCUCGACUGCGGGCUCUUCGGGUCUCUCGGACGCCGCGUCGCCCCCGACGCGUGGACCUUCUCCUACACGACGUGCUGCCGAGCCCAUAGAGAUGGGCCUUCCUCCCAUGGUUUCCCGCCGCCAGAGGUACGUCCAUUGCCCGGUGACGCCCAUCUCGACUUCCCAAGGAUACCCUAUGCAUUCUAAUAAUACCCAUCAUCUCCCUGCUAUUCCUGAAAUGUCUGCACAUUAUACCAACCAAGCCCAGUACAUCCCCAACUAUUCCCCUGCUUCGCAUCACUACCCGCAUUCGCACUCGCACUCUGCUUUGCCUCGCAUCACAUCGCACCACGACGUUCACCACUCCUCUCGCAACGCUGGAAGCGCGUCUCCAGACUCCCAAUGGCCCUCUCCCCAGCUCAUGACACCCGUUGAUCCUAUCGAGCCAUACUUCCCGUCGCCUCAGGAGAGAAACCUGAUUCGUCAUUAUUGCGACAACGCGCUGAGCAUAAUCAUGGCCUACCCGUCUGAGAACCCGGUGCUGGCCGCUAACUUCCAUUUCCUAUUCGACGGCGUGCGCGGCGCGGACUCGGCCGUCGAAUCCCUCCGCUCCGCCCUCCUGUCCUUCCUGCUCUCCCGGAGCGGCGUGUCCAAGGGUGCGGCAGAGGAGGCCCUGCGCGUCGCGGAGUCCUUCCGCGCAAAGUCGAAGACCCUCCUCACGUCUGCAUGCGCGACGACCGAGGGGAGCAACAACGACGCGGCGCUGGCCUCCGCGGUCGCCAUCGCCCUCAUCGACAUCUUCUCCGCCGGACGCCAUUGGCGCGAGGACAUGGACUUCGCGAAGAACCUGGUCAAGUCGCGGGGAGGGCCUGGCCUGCUGCUCGCACGCAGCAAGGGGUUCAAGGACAACUCCGUUACCGGCACGUGUCGCGCGAGGCUGCUCCUGGAGAUCCUCGCGGUGUAUGAGCUUGGCGCGUGCUUCGGGCGGGGGUCGGCGCCGACCCUCCUCAAUAUCGACUGCUGGUGGUUGACGAAAACCAACACGCACGACACGGUGUCCUACAUUGACAGAGUGUUCGGGAUGUCGAGAGAGUUCAUCUUGGUGCUCGCCCAGGUGGCGACCCUCGUCGCGCGCGUGCUCCACCCUCAAACAUCGAGAGUGACGGAGAUUAUCGACGACCUCGAUGCCCCUGUGGACGGACAUGCCGCGUGCGUGCGCGAAGCCGAAGCGCUUUACAAAACCCUCAGCAGCUGGGCGACGACCCCGGACCAGAUUCAGUCUCGCGUCGACGCGGGCAACUGUGCCUACAGCCAUGCCUCGCAGAUCUGCCUCCUCCGCGACGUGCUCGGCGCGCAGCCGUCGGACGCGGUCGUGCAGACCCACGCCGACACCAUCCUGGCGCUCUGCGCGGACUGCGGAAAUAAGAAGAUGGGCGUCGACCUGACUUGGCCUGUCAUCAUCGCGGGGUCGCAAACGUUCGGCGCGGACCGCGCUCGGGUGCUCUCUGUGUUCGAGCUGUUCAGGUGCGCGUGCGUGCGCUCCGUCGUCAUUAACGUCUGGCAACGGCUCGACGCGGGCCACCCGCAGGCGGACUUCCGCUCGGUCAUGCGCGCGCACGAGCUCGACGUGCUCAUCAUGUAG